UUGUUGCAAUUUCUUCCAACGUUUUAAAAUAUUAAAGAAAAAUUGUUUUUUCACUGUAUCAAAGACAACUUUGUCAUAAGAAAUUGUUUGACAUAUAACAUAACGGAAAUAUUCAGUGAUUCUGUUUUGAUUGAUAGCUAAUUGCCGUAGUACUUGUUAUUGAUGACCAAGAACGAAAUAGAUGUUAUUGAUGAUGUAUGAAACAGUGCAUAUUUUAUUGCUGAACAUUGGAUCUGUUUCACUUCUAAAAACUGAAAGUAUUUAAUCGAAGCUCUACCUCAAGAUAAUACGAUAGAGAGCAUUCGUUCCAAAAGAAAGUGAUGCUUUAACUUUUAUCGAUGUGCCGUGUGGUGUAAGUUAUUUGGGACUUAGAUGUGAAAUCCCAAAAGUGAAUAUUUAUUCGACGAAGUCUUCCAAUCAUUCGCCUUAUUAAAAGUUAGAACUUUAAAUUCGUGUCUUCAAAGAUCAAGAAUAUCCAAGUCUUCCAUUUUACAGAAAGAUCAAGUGCUUAAAAGCGGAUUAAUCAUCCCUUGUGCUACAACUGAAAAAAAAAAAUAUAUUGCUCUGUACUGGGCGAUUUGUUGAAUUUUUACAACUUUUUGGAUUUUUAAUAUUUAUAACAAUCGUGCGUCUUCCAUAAACGUUGCUGUUUCAAAACAUUUAGAAAGAAAGCUUCUGCUUUAUUAUGAGAAGUUCCAGGAGGCACUUGCCGUGCACCAUCGAGUCGAUGGAGGGCACGUCUGCCUCUUCCUCCCGGCUGACCCGGAACAGAAAUGUUGAUGACAAAGUUCUUUUCGAGAGACUCUGGAGGGGAACCUUCCGCGCCAUCGUGGAGGCCAGUCUGCAAGCCAGGGACAAGGAGACCUUCCGCAAGAAUACCCUCAGAAGCGUUGUCAGUGUAAAAGAAAGCCAUCAGAUAGCUGAAGCCAACCAGGAGAAGAAUUCAAAGAUGAGAGAGGCUUUGGGAAUCAGUCAAUAUUUUGUUGAAGGAAGUUCUUUGGAUCCAGAGCGAAAAGCAAAAGAAGCUGCAGCAGCUGCUGCUGAGGAGGCUAAAAAGAAAUAUUCGCUCAUACCUGAUUCUAGUGGCUCCUCCUCUCCUGAAAGAUCACAGGUUAAAGAAAAAGAUCAAAAACGAAAGAAGAAAGCUCACAGUGGCCAUGAAAAAAUGGAAAUUUCUCCCAAGAAGAAAAAGAGUGUGAAAAAACAUAAAAGAGAACGAUCAAUCUCACCAGAAAUGCAAAAAAAGAAAAAAUCUAAAAAACACUCAAAAGAAAAGGCCCGACAUAAAAGCAAAACAGAUUCAUCUCGCAAGAAACGUGAAUGCUCUUCCUCAAGUAGUUCAUCUUCCAGCAGUGAAUCUGCUGAUGAUGAGAGUAGUAGUGAAUCUAGUAGCAGGGACUCAAAUUCUGAUAGUGAUUCAUCCCAGGAUAAGCACAAGAAUAGCUCAAAGCGUGAAAAAAAUCACAAAAUGAAUAGAAAAAGAAGCACAAGCUCUGAAAGAAUUCGUUAUUCCAAAGAUGCUCGCUCUCGAAAAGAUAUUUACGAAGCCAAGAAAGCCAAGUACAAGCGGAAACCCACCCGUACUUCAUCCUCCUCUUCAUCUGAUGAUUCUUCACCAAAGCAAUACUAUCGACUGGAGCCUGUUCUUCUAAAAUCAAAGUCAAAACAUAAAAAGUCUCAUCAAAUUAUAGAGAUUCCCAAGAAGAGUGCUUUUGAACUGAAGAAGUAUGAUAAGAAAAAGAGGGGCUGGCAAUCCUCCUCUGAUGAUGAAGAGCCAGAGAGUAAGCGCCAUAAGCGAUCGCUGUCUUCAUCCAGGGCUUCAAAACAUCAUUCAGAAAGGGAUGAAGUAAAAAUGCAAAGCAAAGGAGAUUCUCAUAGAUCAUCUAAGCGUUCAGAAAAGGAUUUUCAUGUCUCAUCAAACAAACAUUCAAAGAAUAGGUCGAGAUCUGAUGGAAGGCAGCAUAAAUCACAUCACAAAAGCAAAUUUUCUGAUGACGAAAGUGAUGACAAUCAGAAAAAGCAGAAGGACAGAACCAAAGAUAGUGUGGAUAAGAAACAUCAGGAGAAAGUAAACAAAAGUAAGAAGAAGCACAAGAAAGAUGCAGAGUUUUCUAAGCAACACAAUGGAUAUUCUAAGCAUGUACGCAAGUUCUUGACUGGUGAAGCUGAAGAUUCCGAAAGAAGUCGAAGAUCAGAAAGUGUCCAUAAACGUGAAAAAUAUGCUCCAAGAUCCCUAUCCAAUUCACCAGUUGUUUAUAAGAAUAAGAAACAUAUAAUUGAAACCUCACCAGUUGAAGAUUCAGUUGUGCAUAAGAAAAAAUUUGUAGCAAAGUCUCCUUCAUAUUCUCCUUCUAAAAAGGUCAAAUCAAAAUCUCACCGAUCCCGUAAAUCGUCUGUGGAUUCCCAUUCUCAAAAGCGUUCAAAUCGGCGGGAUACUAAAAGUAAAAGCCAAUCUCCUGCUGAACCAGAAGUAAGAAGAAAUGGUAAAGAUCACAAAACAAAUACCAAAGGCUCAUUGAAAGCAGUCCAUAGCCCUAGGAAAAAGCGACAUGAUAGUAAAUCUCUCACUCGAAGCCCCAGUCAACAUAAAAGUUCCAAAACAAAAUCUAAGCAAAAAUCAAACCAUCGAGACAGAUCUCUCAGUGAAAGUAUGCAUUCUGAUCAAAGUGAUUGUCAGAAAUCAGAAGGUGAAAAUGCUGACAGGAAUAAGAAGUCAAAGAAGGUAGUCAAAGAAGUUGCUCAUGACAGUUGCAGCGAUAGUCCUAUUCAUCAUAAAAUUAGUAGUGGAAAAUCUAAAAGAAAUCGAAGUCAUUCUAAGGAAUCACUUCCAGAUGAUGUUAAAACUUCAGGCUCUAAAGGUAUGAUUAUCCUUCCUGAAACCUGUCAAGUUACAGUAACAAAAGAGACCCCUGUCAUCAGUCAACGAAAUAGAGAAUCAUCUAAUUCUUGUAGUCCUACUAGAUCACCAUCUCGAAAUGAUUCAAAGAAACAGAAGAGGAGCAAGGACACAACAAAACACUUGAACAAAAUUGCUUCUAAUAAAAACAGUCCUAAUUGGUCCAGUGAUAAAGUUUCCAGCCCAAAGAUUGACAAAUCUAAAAGUCUUUCGACUAAGUGUAAUACCUCUCAGGAAGUUAAAAUUAAGAGAGGGAGCAGUGUGGAGACACCUAAUGCUUCUGUGUCAAUGGAUAAUGGCAAUAAUCGUGAUAAGGAAGAUACGUUUUGCUCAAAGAGAAAUAACUGGAAUGUUGUGUCAAUGGGAGACAAUGUUUCUCAGAAUGUGGAUUCUAAAGGUACUUUGGCUUUCAGAAUUGAAGACAACUCUUCUCCAAUCAUAAAAGAAACUAAAGUCGCUUCUAAAUCAAACAAGAGAAGUAGCACAAAACAACUAAAAGGCUCAGAAGAAAGACAAAUCAAAAGAAAGGAUCACAGUCUGUCUCAUAGCAGAAGUGCCAGUGAAAACACUGACCAGGAGAAGAGUUCCAAGAACAAAGACGGUAGCCGCUCUCGAAGCAGAAGCACCAGUGUUGCUCAUAGUGCAAGUGGCAGUGAAAGAUCCAGCCGAAGUCGAAGUUAUAGUCGUAGAACAAAGAGUUACAGCAAGAGUCGCAGCCUAAGCUACAGUAAAAGUCGUAGCAGAAGUAGAAGCAAGAGCAGAAGUAAAAGCAGAAGUCGAACCCACUCCAAGAGCUACAGUAGAAGUAGAAGCAGAAGUGUUUCAGUUUACUCUAGAUCUCGUUCAAGGUCCUAUUCAUCUCGAUCUCGCUCAAGAUCCAUUGCUCGGAGUCCUUCCAUACCUAGGAGGAGAGGUUCUCCGAGUUUCUUAGACAAAAGACGUAUUACUAGUGCACGUAAACGACCCGUUCCGUAUCGUCGUCCUUCUCCCUCCACACCUAGCAGCACCAGCUCCUGGUCAUAUCGAUCUUCACCUGCUUUGUCUCGAUCUUCCUCUAUAAACCACGCUCUCUCACCCAGCAGCUCACGCAGUCGGUCCCGCUCCUGGAGUCCGGUGAUCAGGCAAAAGUAUGAAGUGGCUCUCAGUGCUUCUCUCCGGUAGUCACUUGCUUAAAUGCAUUUUCAUGAUCCUCACGGCUUCUGGGUGUACAGUAAUGUAAAGAAAUAAGUUAUUUAUUUUCUUGUUUAUUAUUCAUAAAUUUUAUAGUGAUUGAUUAAGAUUUUACAGUGUAUGAUCAUUGAAGUUGAAAGGAGUAUCUAUUGAAUGAUUUUAUUGCCAAAACUAAAUUUUUCUUUUUACAUAUUGUAAGAUUUGAUUUGAAGAGAAAAUGUAUUCUCAUAAAUGUCAUUGGAUAUGUAUGCAUAUAUUUUGAAUUGAUGGUCUCUUUUAAUCUGAGAGAGUGCAUAUGUUGAUUUUUAAGUGGAUAGAGGGAGAAAUGAGACACGAAAAGGUAUUUUGACUCGAUUUCCACUGUCCUUUAAUUGUUGAUAUAUUUCAAAAUUUUAUUUGCAGUAAAAAGCAUUUAAGGACAUAAAACUGUAUUCUAAAUCUUUUUUUCAAUGUCUGAUCAUAAAUUAUUAAAAUGUUAGUUGGUGUAACUCAUAAACUAUAAAUGUGUUGUCCAGCAAAUCAUUCUUCGAAAUAUAUGCAAAUGUUGUUAAACCACAAUGUUUAAAAUUCUUUUGGUAGACUUUAAUUAGUUGCUGAAUAAUUUCUUGCCUUUAUCGAGCUUUUAAUCCUAUUUUUACUUAAACUGGUUCACAUAUAAUAUUUUGUAAUAUGUGGUUUGGAGUGUGACUAAGUUUAAAACAUCCACAUUGAAUUGCAGGGUGCAUUUUAACUUUGUGUUAUGAGCACAUCAUCCUUUAAUAAUAUGUAAUUAGCAUGAUAUGAUUGUGGUUUCAAACUAUUUUGGGUUUUUGACGAUAGAAAUUUUGCCAUCAUGUAUUCUUUGUUGUGUAGAAUAAAUUAGUUUUAAAGUGUCACUUGCCAUAGUAAAUAAUUCCCUGUGCAUAUAUUGUUUUAAUAAAUAUACGAUAAAGAAAGCAAUGAACAUGGCUUUCUCACUUGCACUAAAUCUUGUUUUUGUUUGUUGCCAUUAUUAUAGUUCAAAUGUUUCAUUUCAUGUAUUUGAAUGAAUUUAUUUUUUGUAUAGCAUUUCAAAUCGUGUUUAUUUUUUUCUGAGCUGUUAAUCCUCUUUGAUGUAAAUGUAUUUAUAUUAAUUGAUUAAAAAUUAAUUUUGCUAUUUUAUUUUUACAAACAUUUUAUCUAAAAUAUUUCCUUACAAGAUGUCUAACAAAUAUUCAUAGUUUAGAACGACUCUGUGUACUUAGUAGGAUAUUAAUAUCCAUUUGUAAUUCUGUUGCAUAAAUAACGCUCUGUUUGUUAAUUGAUAUUCUGUAUCUUGGAUAUUCACACUAUCAUUUUAAAAAAUAUAUAUUCUGUUGAAAAUUGCAUUUUCCUCUCCUUCAUGUCUGUAGUUGUAGAAAUUUAUAUUAUUUCUAUAAAAUUUUUGUUCUGUAAAAUGCCAUGGAGAUCUUCUGAAUGUCAUAACUAUUCAUAAUUUGCAAACUGUAUAAAGUAAAGUA